AAGUAUCUCCAAAUAUUGCCACUGUAAUCAUCACGCUCAUUCCCAUCAGCACUUGUUCAUGAUAAUAAUGCUAUUAUUUAUUGUAUAUUUAGAAGUACAGAACUUCCUCUGACAUGUGGAUCAGCAGUCAGGCUGCCCCGGUGCUUUCUGCAGAUUUUACUUUUCUUCUGGUACCAGUGAAUCAAGGAGGACAGGGGGAAUAUGUCCAUAUCACCAUGUUCUCCACACAGCUAGGCGGGAAAGAAAACUCUUUACAAAUGUUGACUUCUGGGGAAUGGGAUGUGACAAGGAUAGUGACCUACAAUACAGACAACAAAACAGUUUAUUUCCUGAGCACUGAAGACAAACCCAGAACAAGACAUCUGUACAGUGUGGAAACAUCGGGUUCUCUUAACCGCACAUGUGUGACUUGUGACCUCAUUCCAGGCUGCAAUUUUGUGGAUGUAGAAUUUAGUCCUGGAGGCAGCUUCUUUAUCCUCUUCUGUAAAGGUCCUGGAGUUCCUCAUAUCUCUGUGCACCAAACCGACAACCCUAAAGAUUUUCAAAUCCUGGAGGACAACCAGCAACUGAAAACUGUGCUUUUUGAUAAGGAAAUGCCAGAGACGCUAUACAGAUCUAUCCAUAUUGAUAACUAUGAUCUGACUGUUCGUCUGACUGUCCCAUCAGGAUACCAAGAUUCGGAAUACCCCUUGCUUCUCUGGCUACCAGAAGCUCCAGGGGCCCAGCAGGUCACAGAGGAGUUCUCACUCGGAUGGGAGUCUGUACUUGUGAGCUCAUUCCAUAUCAUUGUUGCCCAUUUUGAUGGCCGGGGAUCCAAAAAUCAAGGACUGAAUUUGCUUCAUGAAAUUGACCGGAAACUUGGUUCUGCUGAUGCUAAAGAAUAUAUAUCUGUGGUGCAGCAACUGAAACAGCUGCCAUUUGUAGACCGGCAUCGCAUUGGAGUUUAUGGGAAAGCUUAUGGUGGCUUUUUGGCUAUCAAGCUGCUGUCACUGCCUGAAGAGCUGUUUGCUUGUGGAGUAGCAGUUGCUCCCAUCACAAGUUUCCACCUACACUCGGCAAUUCUUUCAGAGCGUUACCUUGGGAUGCCAUCUCAAGAGGGUUCAGCAUACAUGGUGGCCUCAGUGUUGAAUAACAUCCAGAGGCUACGGGACCAACGAUUUCUACUGGUCCAUGGCACUGCAGAUGGUGAGACACCCGCCAUGGAAUGAACAGCCAAUGUGCACUUCCAACAUACAGCUGAACUUCUAAGCCGUCUAAUCCACUCUGGAUCUAAUGUCACAAGCAGGAUUUAUCCUGAUGAGGGCCAUUUCUUCCUGUCAAAGGGCAGCCAGGAGCACCUGAGCCUGUCAAUAGUGACCUACCUGCAGAGCUGCUUUCAGAGUGGAGGCAUCAGACAGAGAGAGGAGUAAGUGAGGACCCAGUGAGGCACACAUAGAGCACAAGGUGUCGAUACUACACAAGAAACCAGAAUGAACAUUGAUGGGCGUAUCUGCUGGAAACAAUGGAAGACAAAUAAUCUUAACAUUUAUGAAUGAACUUGUGACUCGACUACUGGCAGUGAUUACCAUUACCUCUCAGAUGAUUUCUAAUUAAAUCACUUACAAAUUAAUACAGAGACUAACAUCUUGAGCAGCUAACUUUACAUAAAGCAUCACAUGGUGAAUAUCAUUCAUACAACCUUUCAAGUUGGCUAUACACAUAAGAAAGCCAUUCAGCCUAUAUCUAUGUCCCCUGACCUCCCUCCAUAAAAAUGUAAGCUCAGCUCAUUAGGCAUGCUUGUUUAUUAAAAUGGGGAGACACUUCUUGCAGUGGCCUAUCUCCAAGAAGAACAAUAUCCAACAUGCACAAUCCUGUUUUUCUCCAAGAAUGUGACAUUGCGUGGACCCUAUAAGCAGUCGAUUGUCAAUGGACUCAACCAACACAAGUAAGAACAGCCUUACAAUCCCGGGUCAACAGUACAAACCUUGCCUAGCUGGGAGCUCCACCGUUCUGAGGACCAUGCUUAUUCCAGCUUCAUGGUGGGAACCUCCUGAAGGUGGGCAACCGCCUGCAGCACCCCUGUGUCUCCUCUGCUUGGACGAAUGCCUGCCAUCAAGGGUCCUCAAAUGCAAUGUCAUGGACUCUGCUCCUGCCUACUCUGAAGCCUAAGGACACACUGGUGACUGCUUCAAAGUAUUCACUGUGAUUUGUUCUAAACCCCCGUUAUUAGCUGUAUUAAUCAGUUGUGCUGUUCUAUACCUAUAGAGAGCAGCAAAGUUCCCAAUGUGUAUGAUAUCUGGAUGCUUUAAUGGAUAUUUUCUUCUUUUUUGUACAUAUGUAAUUCUGCAUGUACAGCAUACAGUCCAUAAACGAUACAUUUAAUUUACACAGAGGAAACCUGUAAUAAACUA